GCAAUGUUUGGAAUGAUAUCAACAGUCUAUUCACUAAAGUGAGCAUUUCAAAGGAAGGCGACUGGUGGAAUUCUCCCGUAAUGAAUUGUCAUGCAACGUAAAAGUUAUAGUAGUUUAUUGCAUCGAAGUGACUAAUCUACACUAUUUAGAUCCAUCCGAAUAAGAACUGGAAUCCAAAGCUUUUGAGGGGAAUCUUUGUACUUCGUCGUGCAUGUAGUAGGUUUUGAAACAACAUUCACCUGCGUGCAUCCAUCGUUGUCCCGUCAUCACAUGAAUUCCUUUAGCUGAUGUCCCGGUGUAGAAAUAUUAUGUCCGGACUUAGUCGAGAAAUGAUGUUUGUUCUGACAAUCAUAUUUGUCGCUGUAUCCUUGUACAGUGUCAACGGGCAAGAUUGCUCGGUGCCUAAUUUCCCUCCAGACCUGCUGACGCCCUCUAGCGAUUGCAUACCGGGCAGUUCCAUCAGCCUCGGUAGCAAUUGUAGCUAUGUUUGUGACGAAGGAUUUGAUCUGGUUGGAAACGACACAGUCCAAUGCACCCCUUCUACCCCUGUUCUGGACCUACCUACAUGCCAAGGGUCAACAACUGAUAUGGUUACGAUUACCGACAUCACACCGGAUCCCACUACAGAGUAUGGGAGUGGAAUGGGGACCUCGAUAAGAUUUGGGAGCACGACUGAAUUCUCGACAACCCCUCUCGUCACUUCUACGGACCCCUCAGUCACUGCGCCUACCACCAGAGCGAUUACCUGUCUGAUACCGUCAGUCCCGCCCGAUCUAUUGCCCUUCUCUCAGUCUGACCUCCACUGUUUGAGUGACGUCACAUUUGGUACAACCUGCAAGUAUAAGUGCGAUGAAGGAUUAUAUCUCUCCGGUGCUUCGCAGGUGACUUGCUUGAUGAACGGUAGCCUCUCUGCUCCUCUUCCCACGUGCGAAGCUGUGGUUUGUCAGCUCCCAGAUACCUUUCCAUCGUUAUUAUCAUCCUCAUCUAUUGGCUGCAUAGAAGGGGGUACAAUCAACUAUGCUGCCUUUUGCCAAAUGGAGUGCUCUAUGGGGUUUAGAUUGAUAGGAGAUCAAUCUAUAUCGUGCCAGGGGAACGGAUCCUUGUCAGGACAAUUACCCCAAUGCGAUACUGUAGAUACGUACGUUGUCUCUGCAACCUUUCCAAAUAAGACUUUUACCAGCAGCCUACGAGAUUCCACGUCUUUCGCUUUCGCUCUACUCGCUCAAGAAUUGGUUAACUAUAUUCAACCGUCGCUUCAGAAUAAUUUUUCGGAGCCAGUUUUAGUAACAGUCAACAGCUUCUCCCCUGGAAGCGUCAUUGCAGAUUUCGCCGUCGUAGUAGAUGUUGAAAACAGGAGUUCCUUUCAGAAUUUGGAAAACUUAGCGUCAAUCCAAUCUACAAUGGUCGCGAUAGCUCAGCAAGACCCGACAUAUAUGGACCCAGACUCAAUUGCGACAUUCAGUACAGUGACAUGCCCACAGGAAACUCUGAUAACACCUUAUGGAUCCACAGCAAUGUUUAACAGUGGCACUGUCAACGUCAGGGCAAACUCAACCGACGCAACAUGCCCGUACUUCACUGAGAGAGGAGGAGAGCCUAUAGAAGCCGUAUGUGUGGGAGACUACAUCCGUCCAAGUAACUGGGUUAUACCAGCGAUGAACUGUGGAAGGAACCUGACUUCUGAGGAAAUCCUGGAGAUCUUAGGAAACAUGACGAUAACAGCAGAAAACGCAGCGGUUGUCGCUGAAGAAGUUGCGGAUAUCACCGAGAUGAAUGAGAACAUUUCCACGAACGGUCUUGGUAUAAUCGCCACACUGCUCGAGGGUAUAAACUCAGUCAAUUCUACAGAGCCAGAGGUAGCUGAAUCUAUUGUAGAGAUAGCAGAUAGCAUCUUAUCUUUACCCGAUGAAACACUUGGGUCGGCAGAGGAGGAGAACAAUUCACCAAGUCGUAUAGUCCUGGCCCUCGAAGCACAGCUAGCCAUCGUAGAAGUGGAAAAUGGCAGCAGUCGUUUUGUGGAAUCUAACGUUGCCGCUGAGGUACUUGACGUCAGUCCCUCUGAUAUUAGUCAGGGUUACACAGUUAUCAUGUCUGUUACCGACGACGGAGAGAGCAUCUCUGAUCGUGACUUCAGAGUAAGCGGGGGAGACCUGACACAGGGCGCAGAAGCCACCCAAUCAGAGGCGACACUCUUUAUCCCAUCAGGUUUAGCGGAUAGCCUCCUUGGACGUAGAGGGCGUCUCGUGUUCACGACGUAUCUCAUGGCAGGUCUGUUCCAAGACGUGGGGCUUGCGCAGAUCAAUGAGGGCGAAGAAUCAUUCAAUCGAACACCCAACUCUAGGAUCAUGUCGGCGUCUGUCAACAACAUGAAAGUAGAGGACCUUGACGAACCGGUCAGGAUUUCAUUUGUCCCUCUGAAUCCAAAUGGAACCAAUGCUCAAUGUGUAUUUUGGGACUUCAAUGAAAAUGCCUGGUCUGGGCGCGGAUGCAUCCAAGUAAACAAUGACACCAAUGACAGGAUCGAAUGCGAGUGCAAUCAUCUGACAAAUUUUGGAAUUCUCAUGGAUAUCUAUGGAGGCGAGGGGCUCUCAGACGAGGCAGAUUUUAUCCUGAAGAUCAUCAGUUACAUUGGCUGUCUGAUUUCAAUAUGGGGUCUCCUGAUGACAAUCUUCACAUAUGCCACAAACAAAAAGCUUCGAGAUCGAAAACCCAAUCAAAUCCUAUUGUCGCUGUCAAGCGCUCUACUAGGCCUUUAUGUCAUCUUUCUAGUCAUGAUAUCAUUGGACCAGAGAAGAAAUGUUAGCGAGAUCUCCAUUCUCCCUUGCUCAAUCUUGGCUGCAAUUCUUCAGUAUUUCAUCCUGGCAUCUAUCUUCUGGAUGGGAGUCGAAGGUUACAACAUGUACAACCUCUUCGUGUUGGUCCUAAAUGCAUACAUGCCAAAUUUUCUAAAGAAAGCUUCGUUGGUCGCAUGGGGUUGCCCUCUGUUGAUCGUAGGAAUCACAGCCGGUGCGUCCAGGCAGUACUACUCACAGACAGAUUUCUGUUUCCCGCAAUUCUGGCCACUGAUCGGGGGUCUCCUAAUACCCAUCGGUGUCGUAAUGAUCUUCAACGUUGUCAUUUAUGUGCGUGUCCUCAUGCAACUGAACAAAACUGUCAAAGGAAAACACCUUGAUAAAACAGAGAAGCGCCAGAGAAUACGACGUUUUCAGAAUGCAGUAUGUAUCUUGACUCUGAUGGGUCUCACCUGGUCCAUUGGCUACCUAAGCGUUAUACGACCAGCCAGUGCGGUGGUGCAGGGAAUCUUCACAGUGCUCAACUCUCUGCAGGGGUACUUCAUUUUCAUGCUCUACUGCAUCAGGCAACCGCAAGUCCGCAAAAUAUGGCGUUCCCAGUUCAAAUGCUGCUUGCCGAAAUCUUUCACGGCGCCCUCUACGAUCAAUUCCGGUUCAGGGCAAACCAAUUCCAGCUCGGCGAGACCCAGGACGCAGGACGUCCGCAGAACCGCCGCUGGACUUGCUUCCAUCUCGGAAUCCAGCGGGUUUAGAGCAGAUACCGUCUUGCUACCUAUGUCGGAUCGACUUCCGACAACGUCUUAUGAUAAUGCCGAGGCUGCAGAUUGGUGAUUAUUAUUUGACUUCUAAUCGAAAAUAUCUUAAACUCUUUCAAAUUCAUUUGGUUUUGUUUAAUCAUAAGGAUUUGCAGCGCGAAACCAUUGCUUAUAUGGGAGAAAUGAAUGCUGCUACGUAUACUAUUUAAAAGAUAUAUUUCUGUCCUUUAUUUAAUUUAGAUUAUUUUACAGUGGACAAUCUCUUUUCCAUUCACAUGAUUUCUCUGAGCACGAUUCUAUAAAUGAUUCUAUUAGAGUUACCUAUUAUAUGAUUAUUAUUGCAGUAUGUACAAUAACCUAUUUGUAUCGCUUUGUACUUGCAUAUUUCGUUGUUGGAUGAUAUAAAAUCCUUGAGUAUUGAGGAAUAAAAGUUAUACUAUUUAAGAUUAUAUUAUAAAUUAUAUAAAGUUUAGUCAUAAAUCAUUUAAUGAUUAUUCAACCAUAAUCCACACCAACGCAGAUCAUGGAUUCGUCCAUAGAUUGAUGAGAAUGUGAGGCAAUAUCACACAAGCAUGCCUACCCAUGCUAACGCGGCGGUAAGAUACAGAGUCUAUCCAAAAUACUUAUCAUUAAUAUUCAUAAAAAAUCGAAGAACAAUGAAGAAAAAUUGUUUUACGUCAUUCAUGCCCUCUGGAACCUGGUUACCUCGCUCGCUAAGGUUAUGUGGGCUUUCUCCUCAAUGCAGCUAUUUAUUCAAAUGGUCAUUUGUAUUAUUUGAGUAAUUCAAAUGGUAUAUCAUUAUGAUGAUUUUUGACAUGUAAAAAUCCUAUCUAGUUUAGCAUAACCGUGUGAAAGACAUGGAAACUAUACAAAGACUGCAACGACUACCCUUAAUUAUCUUCAACAGACAAUGAUCACUACUACUAUCCUAUUGUAAAUUGCACGACGUCAAAUAAUUCAAAGAAUAGACUUUCGAAGGUUGAGAGUUUGCAUGAACUUGUACGCGAUGAAUGUGCAUGAAUUGUCUACUAGUUUAAACGCAAGUUCUUCUUAACUCUCCGCUCUUUUGACAUGAAAUAAGAUGUUUGAAGGGGAAUUGUAAAUGACAAAUAUUGAAUUAAAUAAAAAAAAAUCAAACAC